CGGUAUGAGGAAGUCAGAGCCGCUGCCGCCCGCAGCCCGGGCGGGCGCAGCCGCCGCCGCCUCCCAGCGGCGCAAUAUGUGAGGGAGAACGUGCGGCGACGGGUCGGGCCGACCCCAUCCCAGCCCCUUCCCCUCCCGCUGCGGCCCGGCGGGAGCGGACGGGCCGGCAGCGGGGAUAGAACCGGUACCUGCGCGGCCGGCACCCGCCGUCCGGGGAAAGCCGAGGGGGCGGCGCAGGCUGGAUCGCUCUGGCACUCGCCUCCUGGCCUGAGGCCCUCGCCGGCGCCGCGGUUCCGAUGGAGGAGCCCCCGGCGGAGGAGUGGCAAGGGGCGACCCAAAAGAGGAAGGCCUGGGCCAAGAGCCGGGACUCCUGGCAGGCGUCGGAAGCGGAGGAUUUCUCGUCGUCGUCGGCGCUGACCCGUGGGGAGGAGGAGGAGGAGGAGGAGGAGGAAGAAGAAGAAGACGACGACGAAGAGGAAGAGGAGGAGGAGGAUCACGCCGGUAGAGAGCUGCCGCUGGCCGCAGAAGCAGGCCUCAGCGUUCCCAACGAGAAGAUCGCGAUAUGGCUGAAGGACUGCAGAACGCCUCUGGGAGCCUCCCUGGAUGAGCAAAGCAAUCCUCUGUUGAAGGGCAUGCUGGUGAGAAAUGGAGGAAGUUUUGAAGAUGACUUAUCCCUGGGAGCUGAAGCUAAUCAUCUACGGAGUGAUACUCAAAUGGAAACAUGCAAUGGUGUGCUGGCCAAAGAGAAGAGGCUGCAGUUCCACCAGAAGGGGAGAAGUAUGAACUCCACUGGGUCUGGAAAAAGCAGUGCAACUGUUUCAAGUGUUUCUGAAUUACUGGAGCUUUAUGAGGAAGAUCCUGAAGAAGUACUCUAUAACCUUGGAUUUGGAAGAGAUGAACCAGAUAUUGCAUCAAAAAUUCCAGCAAGAUUUUUUAAUUCUUCAUCAUUUGCCAGAGGGAUAGAUAUUAAAGUGUUUUUGAAUGCCCAAAUACAGCGCAUGGAAGUGGAAAAUCCAAAUUUUGCUUUAACAAGUCGUUUUCGUCAGAUUGAAGUGCUUACUACUGUGGCCAAUGCUUUUUCUUCUUUGUAUUCUCAAGUGUCUGGGACUCCUCUGCAGAAAAUUGGUAGUAUGAAUUCAGUGUCUUCUGGCAAAGAGGCACCCAGCCCUCCCCCUUUAAAUCGCAGCAAUACAGCCAGUCGGUUAAUGAAGACCUUGUCUAAGCUCAAUCUGUGUGGGACACAGCAAGCUGAUGGUAGUGGCUGCGCAACUCCUUCACCAGUUGAAAAAGGAAAAAGUCCAGCUGAAGCAGUGAAUGAGGACAAUGAUGUUCAAAAUGAAUCUAAGUUACCAAAAUACUCUAAAAAGAAAGACUCACCCUCUUUUUUGGCUACUGUAAAAGAGGAGUUUGUUGGUAGUCAGACAAAUGCCGCGGACACACGUAGACUUGAAAACCUUCCCUCUGGGACUGAUGAUAAGCAAGAAGGUACUGUGCCUCCAGCAGAUGUGCAGAGCAGCAUGUUGGCAGGUGCCCAGGAUAGACUGUGUGAAGAGUCUGGUCUUUUGAACUUGCCAGGCUUUAGCAGCAGUUCCAAUACAUCCAACAGCAGCGCCUCAACACAGCGGCUGCUUGCAGCAUCACCAGGGAGAGACCCCUGUGCUCUCCUUGCAAACCCGUCCAUAAUGAAUCUAUUGCUGCAGCAGAAGGACUCCUUUGAGAUGGAAGAGAUCCAGAGUACAGAGGGGGAUCUAUCACACGUUCCAGCUUCUCACCAGCUGGCAGUGACUAAGUCAAGAAAAGAUCAGCUGUUACGGUCUGCGAGUCAGCACUCUGACAGCAGUGGCUUCGCUGAGGACUCCUCCACAGAUUGCUCUCCAUUUAAUCAGCUUCAGGUUCAGGAGUCUUUGCAAGGCAUGGGAAGCAGUGCUGACAGCUGUGACAGUGAGACAACCGUGACAUCACACAGUGAGGAACAGAAAACGCCGAUAGUCAAGGAACAGCCUUGUUUCAAUAAGUUUGAGGAAGAAGAGGAAGACGAUGAUGAUGAUGAUGAAGAGGAUAUUAUCUCUCAGGUAGAGAGAUGGAAGGUAGAGUCACCUUCUGAUAACAGAAUGAACGAAGCUAGAAAAAUUAUUGACUCUGAAACUGAACAAAAUCAAGGAGGAGAAAGUAAGUCACAUUGUAUGUCAGAGACAGUUCAAGGAGAGGUCAGCUCUACAGAGGAAGACAUUUCCCGUGAGCAAAAAGACUCAGAGCUGCUGGAGGAAGGCAGUGCAUUUGAAUUUCCUCAGUACCACACACACCAUAUCCUCAAGUCGAUGGAGUCUCUUGAGGGUGGCAGCUCCUCCCCAUCAUCCAUGGAUAGGGUCCAUGUGGCUUUGCAAAGGGCCGAGAUGAGGAUCAUCAGCACAGCUGAUGGUAGGGCCGGACGCACUCUGCUCAAGUCAAAAGAUCUGCUGAGGAAGCAGAGACUCUGGUUUGCUGAAUCGGGCUAUCCUCUACGGCGCUCUCAGUCUCUUCCAACUGCAUUGCUGAACCCUGUGAAAGUGGUGUCCUCUGUGAAUGUCCAGUUAACUCCAGGGAAAGAGACUCUGUGUAGUCCUCCUUCCUUCACCUACAAGUACACCCAUGGGGAGGAAGACAAGACAGCAGCAUCUGAGGGUGACAGAAGUGAGGGUGGGGCAGCUUCUAGCCAGCCAGCGUGCAAAUCCACGCUGUUCAUUGCGCCUUCAUCCUCCAAAAAAGAAGUGCCUCAGACUGUGCCCAGCAGGCCAUCUGAGGAGCCCAGUCCCACCAGGGUGCUGAGCUGCCCGCUGCAUACACCAGCCCAGAUGUCCCAAUCAACAUGUUCCCUCCACUCCCUCCCUGCCGAGUGGCAGGAGAGACCACUCUGUGAGCACGUGAGGACACUGAGCACCCACAGUGUCCCAAGCAUCUCCGGCUCCUCUUUUGGCAGCUUGCUUUCCCCCUUCAGCUGUCCCUUCUCUCCAAGGCACUCUGGAUUUCCUCAUCGAUCCCAUGCCACCAACCCCCCCUCCACUGUGGAAAUGCAGCUGCGCAGGGUCCUGCACGACAUCCGCAACUCACUGCAGAACCUCUCACAGUACCCAGUGAUGAGGGGUCAAGAUCUUUCAGUGGCUGCCAGUUACACUACUCAGAGAUCAUCCAUUCUACCUCUCUAUGAAAAUACUUUCCAGGAGCUGCAAGUGGUGAGGAGAAAUCUAAACUUAUUUAGAACCCAAAUGAUGGAUUUGGAAUUGACUAUGUUACGUCAACAGACAACAGUUUAUCAGCACAUGACAGAGGAGGAGAGAUAUGAAGCAGAUCAACUACAGAGCUUGAGGAAGUCUGUCCGAAUGGAGCUGCAGGAGUUAGAGAUGCAGCUAGAAGAACGUUUGCUAGUGUUGGAAGACCAGCUGAGAAGCCUGCACAUGUCUUCACCUUACACACCUCAGACUCACAUGGGUAUGUAUGGAAGCAGAAGUGCUGACAACCUGUCAUGUCCUUCUCCAUUGAAUGUCAUUGAACCAGUCUCUGAACUUAUUCGAGAGCAGUCAUUUCUGAAGUCUGAACUGGGUUUAGAACUAGGAGAUCUUGGACUGGAAGCUCUCCAAGCAGAGGGUACAGAGUCUGUAUUCUCCCAUGGACAAUCUGAUUCCUCUUCAGUGUGCUCUGGUCAUGCAGGUAGAAAAGCUGGUGUUGCAUCCUCUGAAUUAACAGGGAAGUCUAAGAGUCAAAACAAGAAAUUGUACCGAGCCUCUGUUGCUUUAACACCAACUCCCCCAGUGAGAGCAGGUGCUGGACAGCAGGUGGAAAGUUCCGAGGAGCUUGAUGUCUCCAAGCCAGAGGUGGAGCACAAACUUGAAAAAGUCCCUCUCAUGCCUUCAGUUGAUGAAAUCCACAAAAGCGUGGAGCAGGAGGAGCUGCAGCAAGUCAUACGGGAGAUCAAGGAAUCUAUUGUUGGUGAAAUAAGGCGAGAAAUAGUAAGUGGAUUAUUAGCAGCUGUGUCUCCCCAAAGCAGAUCUGCAACUGCAAAACCAGACACACAGCCAUGAAACAGGUACUACAGGUUGGAUGUAAUCCGAAAUGCUGUGGGAUUCUGCUUUGGGUGGUGUACACUGUCAAAAGUGUCAAGUUAUUUUUGCUUCGGAAGAUGUUAAAGCUGCUGAGAUAUAGGCUACUGUACUCAACGCUUGGUUCUAUGAUGUGUACCUUUCCUUGAGCUCAUCUGUAAAGACUCAUACACUUUAACUAGUUCCUUCAACUUUCCUUAAAGCAUCAGCAAAUCUGUGGCUCUCUGAAAAGGUUUCGUAUUUAUUUGUGUGUCCCUGUUGUAAAUUUUUAUGUAGCUAAUUUCUUUGUUUAAUGAUGCGUCAUGAAACUUGAAGAUUUCCAGAGGUAACCAAUUUAUAAAUAGCACACAUCUGUUCUGCCUAGCUUUUUUUUUAAAAAAAAAACACACAAAAAAACCCCCAAAACCAAAGCCACAACAACCCCUCCUCCCAAAACACUGACCUCUGUGAGGUAUUUAUUGUGCAAUAUCUGAUCCACUUUAAGAGCUUGAAACAACCAAUAAUGGUUUCCACUGCUGUUACUUAGUGCCACUUCAAAAGAAGGAAAAAAUCCUGAUGUAAAAAUUACUAUUAAUUCUUGGGGCGGAUACUAUUAGCAGAGUGGUGUUAUGAUGUGAGGUUACUUAAAACUACUCAAAGUUCUGACACUGAAAGCCUUAUCUUUGUGUAGAAAACAAACUUUUAAUUCAUUUUAUUUGCUUCCUUACUGUUUGCCCAUCCCUCUACAGAAAAGUGCCUUAUAUGAAGCACUUUUUUUUGGGUCUUUGUGUUGACUCCUCUCAGGCAUACCAAGAGAAGUUCUCUUCUGCUUCAUAUUAAUCAAAAUGCCAUAGAAGUACUUCUCUUCUAAAAGCAAUUAGGAAUGCAUGAAUGACCUUGCUUGUAUUAUAGGGAAAGUGGAAAAAAAGUCUUUUUUCCUUCCCCAUCGCUCAGUGAAUGUAUUUUCAAUUAGCCUGGUGAACAUCUGCUUGUUCCAAUGGAGUAAAUUGGAAGUCAUUGGGGGUUUAUGUGGUCAAACAGACAUCUAGUGGAUAUGUAAUAUCCUAUUUUGCUGUGCUUGGAAUCUCUUUGCUCCUUUGCCUUUUCCAUCUACUAAAACUUCACACUAUGUCAAGGUCUUUAAUCAAGGAUAGUUUCAAAUAUAACAAUAUUACAUGAAAAAGGUUAUAAGAUUUUAAAUUGUGUUAGGAAGACACAAAAGGGCUGAUCUCUUCUAAAAAGUGUAUAUUAAACCAAUAAAAUAUUUAUUUUGCCUAUAA